AUGCUCCAAUCCUUCGCACAAGCUAUCCGGGCUUCGUGGCAAGAUCACGCCUCAGCCCUACAUCAACUCGCUCAUGGUCGGCCACCCACAGCUACAAGGGCCCCCUGUACAAGCGCGUCACGCCGGGAGAGGCUGACCGAGACAAGUCGAUUAGGCUGUGCGCUCGAGGGAAAGCAUUCGAGCGUCUUUCGAGGUGACUGGAGUCCUGAUUCUCCUUCAUCUUCCAUCAUCGACGUCGGACAACCCAAGCACACCAUGAACCUCACCCGUCACAACGCGCUGAGCGGCUGGGUAUCUCCUGGCCAACAACGUGUGCAGGCGCGCGCCGAGCGGUCCGUCUCCUGGUCUCAAGCCGACAUCCGACUCUCCACAGCCCAACGCCAAGUCCUGGCUGACCUCCCCCCACCCCUUCCCACUCGCCCAAGAGACUUGAACGAGUGUGCUCUCGGUGUAGCCUUGACGCUGAUCACCACGAGUCUCGCCACAUCGACCGCGGAGAUCAACGGGGUCUCCGUUCAACAUACUGUUCGAGCCACGGUGGUCACUGCUGCGUCCUUCAAGUCCCGCAUCAUGACCAUUGUCCGAACGGGAACGGCAGCGUUCUCGGUAGUGAGGACGACCGACUCGCGUCUCCGCUCCGAUCUUGAAUGGGUUCACCUGAAGGCAUACACAUAUCUUCGCGACGCCGUGCGUGGCACUGGGGCCGGUAUCGAGUUCUCGUCCUACUUCUCCAAGGAUUCCACCGAAUCACCGUUCCAUCUGUUCGUUGUCGACUUUCCUGUCGACAACCUCGUCAUGCGAAGCUGUCUCCCUCUGGAGAACAGCGAACGAGUGUGGGAGUCGGAGGGACGUGAGCGCCUGGACGAGAUCGAGCACCUCUUCCCCGGUCAUCAUGAUUUCGCCGCCGCUGCCCGCCGCCUCCCGUUCCUGAACAGCCAAGGGUUGCACCUCAAGGAACUGACGGCUAUGCCUCCACCCACGGGCUCGGUCAAGAAGUUCACCAAGCAGUGGCUGCUGUACCUCAUCAAGUCGGCCACGGCUCCACUGCUCACGGCCCCUUUGACGGUGCAGAUGCGCCACGAUGAGUUUGACCGCGACGGGUUCAAGGUGCACAUCGUCAUCAAGAUUGUAUGCCAUUUAACAGCGGACGACGCACGCAAGACUCGGAGUGCCUGGUUCCCAAACCAGCCGCCGCCUGUUCACUACCCCACAUCAGACUCUCCGGCUCAAGAGCGCGGAUUCGACCCCGCCAACUACAUCCUCGCCAACAUCUUGCCCAAGGAUGUCUCCACCUUACUGCGCUUCAUCCUCUUAACCUGCCCGCGACUGAAGUACGUCACGCUCGCCGUCACACAGCACUACGCGUACAUGGUCAACCUCGUCGCCUUCCUGCAGGUGGGCUUCAAGGAUCAAGGUGUCCCCGUCGAUCACCGCCCCAUGCAUCACGCAGUGAAAGCUCUGUGCGAUCUAGGCAUCCCGGAGAAGAGAUGGGGCGUAGUGUGGAAUGCGAGCAAGACGUACGAGCCCGGAGCUCGCGGCCCGCUGACGCCGGCGGAGCUGGUCAACUUUGGAUGGAACCGAUAG